UGCAGUAAGCGGCUUACAAUGGGAGUUGACACUCAGGAAUAUCGCUGUCUCUGUCCCGCUUGACUAUAGACGAAUAGAGUCGCCCUUCUAGUUAUAAAGGUAUAGACAGCCAGUUGAGUUCCACGUGAGAUUGUGUUGUGUAAUCAGUGAAGUGCCGCCUUUAUUGUCGAAUAGAAGGCACAAUGUCUGCGCGUUUGACGUUUUGACGUUUCGUUUUGGCGGGAACGUAAUUUUAAGUUUUCGGACGAGCAGUACAAGGAAUAAAAAGCCGUACAGCCUGCAGUGAUAGCGUUUUGAAUGCGAAUCGAAAUGUAUUGUUGACAGUGAUGGUGGAAUCGGCCAGUUGAAGAUUGCCUCAGUUAUUGCUUUGGCAAUAACUUGGAUUUAUUAGUUCCAGUAACUUAAAGCCGCCACCAUAGAAGAGUACGGCGUAUACACCAUGCUGCCGGCGCAGCAGCUGCCGCCGAUCACGCCGUGGCCGCCCGACGGCAGCCUGCUGGACCGCAUGGACGACCUGGCGCACAAAGGUCACAGCGGCGUUAAUCAGCUCGGCGGCGUGUUUGUAGGAGGGCGGCCGCUGCCGGACUCCACGCGGCAGAAGAUCGUGGAGCUGGCGCACUCGGGCGCGCGGCCGUGCGACAUCUCCCGCAUCCUGCAGGUCUCCAACGGCUGCGUGUCCAAGAUCCUCGGCAGGUACUACGAGACGGGGUCCAUCAGGCCACGGGCCAUCGGCGGGUCGAAGCCUAGAGUGGCCACGGCGGAGGUAGUCAGCAAGAUUGCGCAGUACAAGCGGGAAUGUCCAUCCAUCUUCGCGUGGGAGAUCAGGGACCGCCUCCUUAGUGAAGGAGUCUGCACAUCCGAUAACAUACCUAGUGUCUCCUCCAUCAACCGGGUGCUCCGCAACCUAGCAGCCCAGAAAGAGAAGACCAACAGCCAGCAGCCAGCCUCCGACUGCUCCACGCCGGUGUACGAGCGGCUGCGGCUCCUCGGGGCCCCGGGGGCUGCGCCCUCCUGGCCCCGGGCCCCCUGGCCCGCGCAGAUAGACACGCGGACCCCCCCGUACCAGCUGCACAGCUUGAGUCCGGGGCCCCAAGCGAUUGGAUGCAAUGGGGGGGACAUGGCGGGGAUGAAGAAAAGCGAGGAGCCCCUCGAAGGUCUGGAAGGCCUGCACUCUGACGAGACGGGCUCCGGGGACAACUCCAACGCGGGUUCCAGCGGCGCCGACGACGACGCCGCGCGGCUCCGGCUCAAGAGGAAGCUGCAGAGGAACCGCACCAGCUUCACUAACGAGCAGAUUGAUAGCUUGGAGAGAGAAUUCGAAAGAACUCACUAUCCCGACGUAUUUGCCAGAGAGAGACUUGCUGCCAAAAUUGGACUCCCCGAAGCUAGAAUACAGGUGUGGUUCUCGAAUCGGCGCGCGAAGUGGCGUCGCGAGGAGAAGAUUCGCGCGCAGCGACGCAGCCCCGAAUGCGCGUACGCACCGCCGCCGCAGCACGCGCCGCACGCCGCGCCGCCGCACGCCGCGCACCCCACCCCGCCUCACCAGGCCUAUCAGCCGCCGCUCAAUGUUGAUACUUACAGUCCACUUACUCCUAUGGGAUACGGUACUGGAAUGGUCGCUGAAACACCAGUGUGCGAGAACACUGACUCUGAGCUUUGCAAGGGUGGCUUCUUAGGCUACCCUCGCUACGAGUUAGGCUACAGACAACCGCCGCAUCCGUACGCUAACCAUCAUGGCUACCAGCACGAACCUGCCUCUCCGCCUCCAGAAUUGGGUGGUCUUCUCGGUGCAGGAGUGUCGGUUCCAUUAGCGGUCCCUGGGCAAGACACCCAGCAGUACUGGUCCCGGCUGCAGUGACCCUGGUGGACCUAGUUUCGUUCGGCACCGCUCGGUACUUCUCAAUUUCGGUCAUAGCUACGGAAAUUAAAACCUUACGAGCAAUUAUUAAAAGGUUUAGCUAGUGGUUCGGCGGGGACUUCAAUUUUUCUUUCUUCAUAAAUCUGCUCCGAGUAUUUUAUGAUUUAUUUAAUUUAUGUACCGAUUUGAGUAAAAAACAUCAGUUCACAGAAUAUUAUGUCCAUAAAAUAUUUGUUAUCUUAGCUGGAGUUAUAAAUAGAAAUGAGACAUUCACGGUUUAGUCGACCCGACUAUAUUAUCAUUAUACACGCAUAGUAUAAAGAAUCGACAUAUCCGUUAGUUGCCACAAAACAGGAAUAUGAGCACAAAAUGUAGGCUCAAAUGUAUUUAUACUACUUAAUUAGGCUAUUUCAUUCAAGAUUCAACCAAAAUUUUAUAUCGAUAGAGCAUGCACUGAUGCACAUAAGAUGUGCAGUCGUUUAAAAUGUAUAAUUUUGAAUGAAAUAAUUUAAUAUCUUGGUGUAAGUGUUAUAUUUUAAUUAACACCAUAGAUAGGACUUAGAUAAGACUAAUUUAAGACUCUGGCUCUGUAUAUUUGGUGUAAAUGUUUCCUAAUUAAGGCCAAAACUAAAUUUUAUUGAUAACUUCUAGUACCUAAAUCAUCAAAAACGUGUAAAGAAAAUUGUCCGUCAAAAAAUCAAAAUUUAAAUUUUAUCUUAAUGAAAAUUCGUUCGAAAAGAUAUUUUUAAAUAAAACAGGGCUUCUUAGUUAUAAGUGUCUGUAAAUAAACUCAUUUGAUGUAAUGUAAUGUUAAUUGUGGAUCUUUUUCGAUGUGACGUUGUAAUUUUGUAUCAAAUUCAAAAUAAAGAUUACGCAUGUAGAUAAUUAUUCAAUUUAAACGGAAAUCAUGUAGUAUUAACAAGCCAACUGUUAUCAUUAAUCUCAAUUCAGUUGUGGUAUGUAUUACUUUCGAAUUUAUUAUACCUAAUACAUAAUUGUUAGUUUUAACUGUAUAGUAUGUGGAGGUAUACACAUCAAAUUGUGAAUAAUUGUGUGAUGUCGAUGAAACGUUUUAAUAACAGCAUUAUUUAAAUAAAUUUUUGGAUCAAAUUAAUUUAUUUUUUAAUUUAUUAGCAACAACUGC